CUUGUAGCGUGACAGAAAAGAUCCCCAGUUCUCUGCUGUGUCAUGUAGUGAAUUACAUCAUGACACACCCCGGAAUAAUGAGAAGUGUACGUACAACUUGAGUAGAACUGAAACCCAGCCAAUAGAUAGUCCGCGACCGACCGGAGCCUCUUCACUUUUCAAUAGUUUCUGGAGCUUGGAAGCUGCUGAAUUCGCUGAUUGACAAGUGAAUAAGUUCCAGGUGCAAUGGACUGGGGGACUCUGCAAGGUGUGCUCAGCGGAGUGAAUAAAUAUUCAACUGGUUUUGGACGGAUCUGGCUGUCUGUAGUGUUCAUCUUUCGAGUAUUGGUUUAUGUGGUGGCAGCAGAAAGUGUGUGGGGAGAUGAGCAGAGUGACUUUGACUGCAAUACCCAGCAACCUGGCUGUCCAAAUAGUUGCUAUGACCAUUACUUCCCCAUUUCCCACAUUCGUCUAUGGGCUCUGCAACUAAUCUCUAUCACCACACCUUCCCUGAUGGUUGUCCUUCAUGUAGCCUACCGAAAAGAGAGGGAACGGAAGCACAGAUUGAAGUAUGGUGAGAAUUGUUCCCAAUUAUACAAAAACACAGGGAAGAAACAUGGUGGGCUCUGGUGGACCUAUUUGAUCAGUCUAGUGUUUAAAACCGGUUUCGAAAUCACUUUCUUAUAUAUACUUCAUCGAAUUUAUGAUCGUUUUUAUUUACCUCGCCUUGUCAAGUGUUCCAUGUUCCCGUGUCCGAAUAUAGUUGAUUGUUACAUUGCCAAGCCAACUGAGAAAAGGAUCUUCACAUACUUCAUGGUUGGAGGAUCAGCUCUUUGUACCAUCCUCAACAUAUCUGAAAUACUAUACCUACUUUUCAAACGAUGCUUUCGAUGCUGCAACAGGAGAAAUGUAAGGGAAGAGGAGAGCAUGGCAAAGUUAAGAGGAAAAGAGCUUCGUAAAGGUACUCUCGAGAAUGGGAUUAUGCUGGAAGAAUGCAACCACAAGGCCUAACAGGCAAUGUUGCCAAUCAAUACCAAAAUCGUUUUCAAUGACGUAUUUUGGAAAAGCUUAACAUGAACAAUGGCUUAUUUUCACCAAAAGAGAUACUAUGCUCAUAAACAAAUAGGACUCAAUCAGCAAGGACUGCACAAAGCCAUCUGUAUCAGACUGGCGAAGAAUGAAUAUUCAUACCAAAUUCAGUUUGACUGUCAUCUUUCUAUGUCAGGUGAAAUGCUUUUCAUUGUAUUAAGAGUAAGUAUAACCUGUAGCUUCAACAUAGUAUUGGGGGCAAGUCUUUGAAUUAUCUCCAAGUUUUUCAAUCCAUGUCUUUACGAAUGAUAAGUCCCGAAUGGAACGUGGAAACAUUGCUCAAGUUUGUGUUUUCGUUGGACCAGCAGAUGCAUAGCUUAUGGAAUGUUACCACUGGAUAAGCAACAAUAUGGAUAGAGUCUGUUCAUCAAGAGACAAUCAAGGAUUUGGAGAAAAUCAGUUCAUCCGUAGAGUAAAAAGGACAUGAGCAGAGCAUAGGCAAGCAAGUGAAGUGCUGAAAGCACAUCAUCACGGUAGAUAAGAUAGUUAUGGCACUACAGCCAUAGCUGAAAUGUACGCAGACAAGAAGAACAAUUGCUGCAGGCGAUGUUGAACUAUCAGUGGAAACCCUAGAAGUAUUGUGGAGGAUUAUGAAAUAUUUGAAAUAAUAGACGAUUUACACCAUGAACUAUAUAAAAUGCCAGUAUAGAGAAUCACAGAAAAUCUCCGGAUUAAAAAUAGAACUUGUCUCCUACACUGUAUAAAUCAAUGGGCCUUUUUGUAAGUGAGGCAAAUUUCACAAAGUGAUUCCAAGAUACCAGUUAUAGGUAUUGAGAUCAGAAUUUGAUUUUAUAAAGUCACUAUCGAAUAUGCCUCAGAUUUUCAGCUCAGCAAUCUAAACUGAGUAUCGCAGUUCAGUGCUGAAACAAUGCUGUAAUGUUGGAAGUGCCAUCUUGCUGAUGAGAUGUUAAGUCAAGGUCCUGCCUGCCUCCUCACAUGGAUGUAAGGGAUUUUUAUGUAUUAUUUUAAAAAAGCACUGAGUAGAUGAUUCCUGACUAAUAAUAAUUCCUGAGUGAACAACACAAAACAAAGGUGUAAUUAAUUUGUGGGAUCCUUCAAUGCACAAUUCAACCCACGUGUUCUACAUUACAAUAAGUGAAUACAGGUGCAACAGAAAUUAAAACAUUUCUUUCUUGCAAAUUGAAAAAGGUCACAGUGAACACUUUAUUCAAGAUUCAGAAACAAAGAUGCAGCAGUUGUUUACAGUUUGGAAAUACUUCUGGUAAUAUAUCAAGAGGUGGGGAAAGAGGAAUGUCACCAUACUCCUACCAAACCAUAGGGCUGCACUCUUAUUAGAGAGAGAUGAUGGGAAUGUGGUUUCAUGAGUGAUGAUUGAAGUCUCUAGUAUGUAGACAAUCUGUUGCUGACAAGCACACACAGCACAGAAAAUGGAAAGAAUGGAAAAGCACAUCACUGCCUAAUUAGCAUCCAAUUUUUAUUUAGCGAAGAGCUGCAUAUGCAUUAUCAACAGUUUUACACUGUCAGGGAAGAGCCUUAGUGCAAUUUGGUUGGUCUUCUCGCUCAACUAUCUUUACUAAGAUUAAGAGAAUGGCACUAUGGCACAAUGCAUACAUAUGGAUACCAGGUUAAGUCAUUAAGAACGCCGACUGUAACAAAAACAAUUGUAUUUGUACUGCUCAUGAAAUAAAGACUUUAGCACAAAUUGCCACACUGCCUGCAGACAGAGGACAUUGCAGUUUUAGACAAAUAAUAAACAAUUUUGUAUAUAGUGUUGUUUCUAUUACUUUACAUUUUUGUUUACAGAAUGUGUUCAUUAUCACUGGCAGAGCCAGAGCUUGUUCCCCAACAUUUAACUGUGUGGCUUACAUAGCUAUUUCAUACUCAUCCAGAUUGUAUUGUACUGCACAUUUAUUGCUGACGUGCCUACUUCAAAAUAGAGAAGCCUUCCCUAAAGUUUGGAUAUUAAUGAACUCAGGGAGUUUUUACGUGGUCACCAUUAUUAAUAACAGCAUUUUAAUCUCAUUUUUGUUUUUAAAAAAUGAAGUUUAAAUAAACCAGACGGCAUAGUAUGAUUUGAAAUCAUGUUACUCAAUCAUUAGUCAUGGCUUCUGGAUUACUAGCUCAAUAACCAUAGUGCAACUAUUGCCUCACCAUUGAAUUUCGUUGAAAACUUGCCCUCAUUAAACCAUUUCAGUGGUGUACAUCAUAAUUCUUAAUACAAAAAUUGCAGAUAGUUACAGGUUUUAAAUCACUUGCACUGUUACAAUUUCCUAGAACUUCUGCAGUGGUCCACAAAGACAUUCAUUGAGUGACUUGUUAACAUAGCAUGCUCCAUUCAAAUCAGUACAAUAUUGAGGAUUCAGAAUUAAUCUAAUUGUGAUCUUUGUUGUCAUUUGCAACAUUGCAGAGUACUGCUAGAGGGCUUAGAAUCAGAAAACAACUCAAUCACUUGUCGGGCUUGCCUGAGGGUAUCACUUCAAAUGGCUGCUGUUAUAAAUUCAAUUGUGAAUGGAAGCCUCAAUUAAACAUUAUAACAGGUGAUUUGACAAAUAGGCAUGUGCUGAUUUCCCCAACCUAUACUAUUUUAUAUUAAUAUUUAUUGACCUUUUUGUACUAAUCAUGGAUUGUAGAAAUUAAAUAUGGCUAUGAUUAUGCACAACACAGGCCCUCAUGCUUCUAUUAUUUAUUUAUAGUAGGAUUUCAGUACAAACUGUGUCAAAUUGGACUUGGCCUGAUAUUCUGCCUGUACAUACCGUGAUCCAUGCUCUUGUUAUCAAAAUGGAGCCAAUACUCAUGAGCAUAUCUCUGCAAAACAGCCCAUUGCUGUCUUAUUAGUGGAGCCCCAGCAUCUUAAAUGUACAUCAGACAUUUUCCAUAUCACUCUUUACCCACUAUUAUAACCACUGUGAUGAAUUUUAAUUAUCCUUAAGCACUGAGAUUUUGGGAGGUCACUGACCUAGCUUAAGAUUCUUUCGUUCUUUCAGAACCACAACCACUUAGUAAAACUCUCUUACAUUAAUGUCCUAUGUACAUUAUACCAUGUACAUUCCAUACCAUGACAAUACUAAGUCAACAAGUUGCUUUUGAAGAAUAAUUUCAUGAAAGAAAUUGCCAUCCUGAAUUGGGUUGUAGCUGCACAUUAGAAAAAGCUGAAUGUUGGAAUAUGAGAGGGCAAUGGUGUUAUUAUCUAUUAUUAGAUUUCAUCUCUCAAUGAAAAACUCAAGUGGUGUCUGGAAGUGACCAUUCAAACUUUGUACCAAUAAAAGGAAAUAGCCCUGGAGCCUGAAUUUCAGACAUAAAGACUCUCAAAAAGUGUAUAUAAUUUUUUUUCUAUCUUUAUGUUACAUGUUACAUUUGAUAUAUUGUUACUGCUGUGUGCAGGUUGCAAAUAAAUAGUUUUAAAUGUAUGGAGUCACAAACAUUAUUUGUUUUGCUCAGCAAGAAGCUUAACACCAUGU